CACGGCUCGAGCCUCUCAGCGUGCCAACUCGCAAUCGGCGCCGGCAUGACGCUCACCGACGCCCCUGUCGCUCCGGAGCCCGCCUCCCGGCCGAGGCGACGCGGUCCGCUCGCGCCGCCCUCGCGCGCCGAGGGCGGAGGUGGCCUCGCCGGCGCGCUGCUAGGCCUCGCCGUCGUGCCGGCGCGCGAGGCGGAAAAGUACCCCGAGUUCCGCGCGCGGACGGCCGAGGCGUGGCGGCGGCGGAUGCGUGCGCGGCAGCCCAUCCCGCUCUCGGCGCGGCUGCCGGCCAUCCUCGCCGUCGCGCUCGCCUGCUCUGUCAGUGCCGACUGCGCCGCGCGCCUCUCCGAGCGCGGCGUCUGCUGGCAGGCGCUGCGGGAGACGCGGGUGGGCGGCGCGGCGUGCGAGUUCGCGGUGCAGGCUCGCCCGCUCGCCCGGCGGCUCGGUGCCGCGGCGGAGAGCCUCGCCAUGCGGUGGCCACGGAUGGCGCUGCAACAACCCGCGGCGCAGCCGCCGCAGCGACAGCGGGUGCAGCAGGUGCUAGCCUCGCGCGGCGGGGGCGGGACUGGGAGCGCGGGGCCUUGGCCCGGCACGCUGCUGCUCACCACGCUCCCCGCGCCCCGCCUCGGCCGGGGGGGCGAGGGUCGGCUGCGGCACAGACCGCUGCAGGCGCUGCAGGAGUGGGAGUCUGCGCAGUGGGAGGCGGUGGCAGCGCGGCUCGGGGGUCUCGGCUCGCUCCCUGCCCUGCCGCGGGCUCCUGCUCUGCCCCGGGCUCCUCCUCGGGCUCUGACCGAGAGAGAGGGGUGAGCGGUCCUCUGGCGCGCUCCGCGCAACGGCGCAAUGGCGUGUGUGCUGCGCGCUCUGUCGGGGACGGUUAUUGGCAGGGUUGCGCGGUCCUGCGCGUGCGGCUCUAAGCGCGAUCCCGGCGUAAGUUGCGAUGCAUGUAUUAUUAAAGGCCGUGUCGCCGACAGUUACGAAUUAGAACACGCGAAUCCGAUGAGUAGAUAAGCGUCCUAAUCUAAAAUCUGAG